UUGCAAGCCCACCGCACUUGAAAACACUUAGAAGUAAAUGCGGAGCGCUGUAGAGAGCUGCGAAACCAUUCUCGCGCUAGAAACCUUUCAAGAUCAAUACCUUUACGGCAAAAUCCUCGAUCGUGUGGCCAUAUUUUGUUCAGGUUUUUUCAGCGAUCGGCUGCUAGGGACAUUCUGAGCAGUUCAACGGAGCGUCGCGAGUGAUAUAUGUAUUUGAAUAUUUGCUUUGGGGGCUCAGCGCGGCGUACUUUUGAUCUCUGCGAGGCAUUCUCUUAGAAAGAUCCGACGAACGACUGUAAAGCAGGUUGUGCGCUCAUCUCGGCUGAAUGCGGUCUGCAGUCUUCCGCGAUUCUUAGCGAUGGAUUCGGAGCAAAUGCUCGCCAGAGACCCUAGAAAGGUUUAUUAUGGUCUUAAAGAAUCACAACAGAAAUCUACCACACGUGAAAUAUUACAGGCGCGAUCAUCAGCGGCAGACUGCCCCACAACUAUGCGGCCCCCUCCAACCGGCGAAGAUUCGAACGACAGUGAGCGUUCCAAAGGAAAAUCAGUGGCUUCUUUGAAGUCAGAUUCGUUUGUUUCUAGUCCUAUAAUGACAGCGAGAAGGGUUUCCAAAAAGGAAUCGACUACUACGCAAGGUUAUUCAGGACUGGAAUCAGACGAAGAGAAACUUGCGCCGUUGGGUUAUGAACCGGAGGGUAGCGCUGCCUCUACUCCUCAAUGCGAGCGAUGGCCCACCUCUUUGAACGAUAUGCUUAUGGAUUGCCAAGGAUUUAACUCAUUUUAUCAGUUUCUAAAGCAGGAGAAUUCCGAAAUUCUCCUAGAUUUCUGGCGAGCGUCCGAGUCUUUCAAGCGAAUGACACCGAUUUCUCAUGAGAUGCGGACGACCGCCAAAGCGAUUUUCCAGAAGUUUAUUUUCCCUGAGAAUGCUUUAGAAGUCAGCAACACAACGAGAACGAAAAUUGCGCAGCAUGUUAACGAUCAGCCUAUGGAUUGUGGACUGUUUGAGGAGGCUUUAUCCGAAAUAAUGGUGAAUUUGAAAAAUAAUCAUUACCCGAGGUUUUUGAACACAACUUUCUAUAAGGAGUGCAUUCAGAGCGGCGGUGAAAGCCCACAAGGGAUCUGUGAACGCUUUACACAUACGGCCAGAUUUCACGGUGGAUAUUUACCGCCUCUUCCGGAGGAAAAAGUUUUAGGAUUUGACGAGAUUGAGGAUGAUGGAGUCCAAUUUGAAUUUGAGCAACAUCACAAUAGUGCGAAGGGAUUGCCUUAUUGUGCGAAGAGAUCGGGUUCCGAUGAACACAAUGCGCGGUGUUUAUUAAAUGUUCCCAUGAAUAAAUUAUUGUCACCAUACCACUGCCCAACAGCACCUGUGGGAUCGAGAAUUGAAUCAGAAAACCAGAGUCUAUCAAGCGAUGCUAUGACAGAAGAUACCCUCUCAGUGACAACUGAUAGUUGUUUGACUGACGAUACAUCAUCCAGAUGUAGUGGCCGAAGGAAGUGCUCAGCACGUAGUAAGAAAUUUGGCUUUCAUGAUAGUCUUCCGAUGAUGCAAUUUGUUCCGCGUACCCAGAGAAUUCCUAAAGAGGUUUGUAAUGCAACCAAAAAUCCGGAAGAAUUUGCCAAAAUAUUGAUUGAAAGACUAGAGAAAGUCAAGAUUCAGAGAGAACAAGGUGAAAGGGAAGCUCACAACUUGGCAAUUCACUGUGAGGCACCAAGAAAGUCAAUUCUCCAACAAGCAAUUGACAACACAGAGAACAAGAAAAAACUCUACCUUACCACCAUGGCCAAGGAAGCUGUGGCUUCUUUCAAGGAACCUUAUUAUAAUGACAAGCCUGUAGCUGGAGAGGAAACUGCUGCUGCUCCCACUGCCUCAGCACCUGUAGCUGUUGAUACAUACAGACUGCAAGUUGAACCACAACAAAUUCAGCAGUCUAAGCAACCUUGUUCAGAGAAGAAAGAAGCAGUGAUUGAACCCCAAUCAAGUGAGCCAGCUGUUAGAGAUGGUAGUGAGUGGGAAGCUCGUCCCCAACGCAGGGAUGAUGACAUUCCUUUCCUAACUGUUAAUCAUCAUCGCAUUAUACAAUGGAUGGAGGAAGGGGAACAGGCUCAGCAGGGCUCAAAAGAGUCUAAGUCCCAUCGCCAUCAUUCUCCCUCCUCAAGAAACAGUUCGAGGGGUAAGCAGUCGACCACGUCUUCAACUAGACAUUCAGAGAAGAAUCCACCCCUGCAUUUACCUGGACAACCCAUUGCCUCCGAUCUCAUGAUGCCUCUUCUUCCAGCACCUCAUGCAUCAUCUGUUUUGGAAGAAACUAGAAAGAGAUUAAUUGAUGUGGCGAAAGAGGGGGAGAGGCGAUCUAAGAAUCAUGCAAAGCAAAGGUUUCAAGCAGGAUCAGAUUUUGAAACCACAUCCUGCAGAGAAAAAACAAGUGCAUCAUUAUGUUGGUCUGCCAAAGACUCCUCCAGUUAUGGGCAGUCUCCAAGUUUUCCACAUGAAAGACAUUACAAGGCUGCAUCAUCUGUGACUGGGAAAUCAUCUGUAUCACAGGCUGAUUCUAUAAGUACAUGUAAGGACAGUGGAUUUUGUGGAUCAGUGUUGAAAAAGAAGGAUAAACAUGGUUCAUUAAUAAUCACUUACUACUUAUGGGGAGAACCCAUUCCUUAUCGAACUUCACUUCCUGAAAAAUCUGUGACACUUGGACAAUUUAAAACUUUGUUACCACCAAGGAAAGGAAUUUACAGAUUCUUUUUUAAAAGUAUGACAAAAGACAAUGACUGUCUUGUCGUUUGGGAAGAAGUUAAAGAUGACAGCACUGUUUUACCUACAUAUGAUGGAAAAGUCGUGGGCAAAGUAGAACGAGUGAACCCUUAAAUGCUCAAAAAUUCUUACCGUUUUUAAUAGAGAAAUUGUACUUUUAAUACUGAAUGUUUUAUAUUCAGAAAUGAUUUUUAAAUAUUAUAAAAGAAUAAAGGGCUAGCUACCCCCUCGGAGUGCCAGAGAAUUGGCGUUUCGUUUGUAUAUAGACGUAUAAUAUAUUUGUAAAUUCUAUGUUAAUGUUGUAUAAUUUUAUGGUUA